AUGAGUCUAGAAGACUCCACUUCAUCCUCGCGUGCACUUCAGCAGAUAUUCCGGGGUAAACUGAAACGUAUUGAAAUCAGCGCAUUACAUCAAGUCUUUCACGAACUAAAAACAAGCAAUGACACCGGUGGAGACCGCAUUGAAGCAAAAAAUUUCCUGGCCCACCUCGAGUUGCCGCUAGCCGUUGAACCCGCCGGUAUUCUACUGUUUAAAUCGUUUUCCUACCUCGGCUCUUACCCAAACUGUGCAACCGAAGGUCCCGUUCCGCUGUACAUGAAUGCCUUUCUGAAAGCAUUCACCAUUCUUACCGGAAAACUGGACACCCAAGAAGAGCCCGUGUUCGAAGACGCAUUUUUCGAGUCGCUGUCGAUCCUCCCCGCUCCACGUACCGAAGAGCAAGCGGUCGACUCAUCCGCAUCGGAGCUAUCCUCUAUUCAAUCAGGGACUGGGAACAACGCUUUGGGCGCAGCCGCAUCAAGAGAAGACGAUGCAGAUGAACAUGAUGCGACCGCUGCCCCGCGUGGACUUUCGUUGGCUGACCUUGGCAUCAGCUUUGAUGAUAUGGAUUUUGAAUCCAGUUUGGAGGAUAAGGCGGAGGAUAAUCCUGGAGCCAAGUUGUCCAUUCCGUCCCGUGAUUUGGUAGAAAUCUUUGUGUUGCUGUUAUGGAUUGAUGAAAAGGAACGAUGUGAAAAGAUACAUGUCGAGACGGAGACAGCAGAGAAACAGAUUGAUUUUGCCGCCAUUCGUCGUACAGCCGAUGCCAUGGUCACGAUGAUUCAUCGAUACGGCGGAACAUCUUCCGAUGCUGAUGAUCCGCAACGGCAACGUAUAUCCCGUCAUCAUUUCAAACAAUGGAAGUCGCGCAACGCUCCUCAUCUUUUCCGGACACUCCAUUCCUUCCUCUACAACAAAUUUGCCAUGAAUACAAAGCACACAGUUACCCAUACCCGCGAUGUUGUGCUUGAUAAGGAUAUGAUACCUAUUGUUGACCAGUCCGAUCUUCUGACUGUUUCCUACACAACAUUGUUAUGCUGGUGUCUGCCGCAAAACUGCUUCGAUGCCAAGGAAUGGCAUCGGUUAUAUUCAGGUGACGAUGACGGAUUUUCAAUGAAUCGGUUCGAAAGCCACGUAUUCAAGUACUCGGGGCCGACAUUGAUACUUAUACAAGGCCAGGUACUUUCUUCAACUCAUACCAAGUCCGAUGCCAAGGAAGGAGAAGUGUCAACUCUCGUUUUCGGUGCUUACAUAUCGGAACCCUGGAAGCAUUCGAAGCACUAUUGGGGCGAUGAAAACUGUCUUUUGUUUGAGCUGUCGCCUCACUUUGAGGUUUUCCGACCAACCCUACACAAUUCACAAUACAUUUACUGUCACGACGACUUUGGACUUGCCUUUGGUGGAUUCAAUCAGAGCAUGAUGACUCCGAAACCGCCGCAUCAUUCACGACAUUCAGGUCCUCCAGCCUUUGUUUUUAGUAUGGAUAACAGCCUGCAAGCCGGCUUCUACAUGCAAGAGAAUUAUCCUGAAGCGGCCACAUUCGAAAAAUCGGCCUUUCGAGGCCAAUUCGGCUAUGCCUUUGAGACGAUGAGGAUCGAGGUGUUUGGAUUGGGAGGAGAAAAAGCGCGGCAGCAGCAAAAACGAGCUUGGUUAUUUGAGAAAGAAGAAGCCUUGAGAAGAGCCGGCGUACAAAUCCGACAAGAGGGCGGCAACGUUGACAAGGAGAUACUUCGUAUGGCAGGCAUCAUUGACGAGCAUCGCGAGGAGCGAUGA